UUCGAUGCUUGGAUGUUAAACCUGAUUAUCAUGAAGAGGUUUUUAGAUCGCAGAUGUUCGGCUGGACCUUUUUUCAGCAGCGCUCUGUGGAUAUAUAUUUCCCUCCAGCCUCCUGUGCAAUCAGGAAAACAACUCAGAAUCAGAAUCAGAAGACUUUAUUUAUCCCCAAGGGCCAAUUAACAAACAACCGAGCAGCAUACGUUGAAGAGAGCGCAAAUGGCUGCCGUAAUAUCUUUGUCACUUUGGUGGAUUUGGCUGGCUGCUUCGGUUCUACGUUCAGUUGCCUCUGAAAGCAAACGAGAAGAGUCUGAGUCUGGACAGAAUGUCACUCUGACAUGUGGAGCUCCAAACAACAACAACAUCAUAAUUGUAGAGUGGAGCAGAGCUGAUCUGGGAGAUGAAUAUGUACUUUUGUAUCGGAAUGGACACUUUGAUCCAGAUCACCAGCAUCCAUCUUUUAAUAAUCGGGUGGAUCUGCAGGACAGACAGAUGAAGGAUGGAGACGUGUCUUUGAUUCUGAACAAUGUGACGAUUAAUGACACUGGAACAUACGAGUGUCGUGUUCUCCAAAGAGGAACACACCGCAGGAAGAGAGCUCAUCUGGAUGGUGACCCCAUCAGCAUCAUCUACCUGGUUGUUGAUCCUCCAGGUCAGCCAGGAGGAGGCACAGAGGAUGGAGGGAAGGAGGCUGGAGGGAAGGAGGAUGGAGGAGAGAAGAGUGGUUCUGUUGGACCUGCAGUUGGUCUGUCAGUUUCCGCUGUGUUUCUUGUUUCUGCUGUUUCUGGAUUUUUGAUCUAAAGAAAACAUAAGAAGCAGGCUCAGGAUUCAUACCAGCCUCCUGUUUGAAACAUCUCAGAGCUUUUCCAAAUGAGCUCUCAGUCUCCUGGCUUUGCACCAAUUUCCCAUCGUUGUCACUCAGCACAGUAAAAAACAGAUGAUCUGAGGACGUGUUUAUCAUGAAAAGAGCCCAAAAUUUGGUUUUCAGGGUUUUUAUGAAGGGGAUUUCUGUGAAUCCUGGAUUCUGUUCUUCUCUCACCACCAGCUCACACCUUCUUCUCACCUGCAUGUCCUCCAGGAGGACUUGGAGGGUUUGUGGGACUGAUAGUGAGUCUGUCAGUUUUGGUGUGUUUGUUCUUGUACCGAAUGAUUUGAUCUGUAAAAGAAGAAAAGGGAAUGGUGCUGAAUAUGUGAUUCCUGCUUCUCAGAGAUCCUGUUAAAGUCUAAAGACAUUGGGAGGGUUUCACACUGUUUGGAGCAGGGAAACAGAUACUAAUGGUGCAAUACUGGUGGUGUUGUUGUUGUUGCUUUUUUGAUCUAUAGAAAUUAUAAACAACACAGUCGAGAUUCACAUUGUCCUCCCAAUGAACCGCAGAAUCAAAUGUCUGAGAUCUUUCUACAGCUGAAUUAUGAAUCUGCUGCUGAUCACAGAGACAGAAAUUGUGGCACAGGUGCCACCAACACCCCACAAAGGUCCCUGACUUCACUGACACUACAGUCUGGGAAAAAAAGCAUUUUUUUCUGCUGCUACAAACAAGCCAAUAGCAUUUUUGUUUUUGAGAAAAGUGAGAUCGCUUAAUUAUCCAUGUUUCACUCAUCUUAACUGCACUACUGUAUAAUUCUGUGUAAAUAAUCAUUCUGUAAUUUUUAAUCCUACAACUGUUUACAAUCCACAUAGUUCAUAUUUCUGUAUAGUU